AUGGCUGCUCCUUCAAGCUCUAUUGUCAUCAUUGAUCCCGAUGGGGAUCUGGUACUUCUUCUAGGGCCUGUGCCACUUUCGAAAUCGGAUGCAUCCACUUCAAACCCCCGCAUCGACGUUCCUAAUACAAACAUCCUCAGUCCAAAGGCACCCAACAACCCUGGAGAAACGCAAAAUGAAUGUACUCAACUGUCCAGGUCUGAAGUACUGGUCUCCUCAAAGCAUUUGUCGUUCGCUUCACCAGUUUUCAAGGCUAUGUUGACGGGGGAUUUUAGGGAGGCUGUUGAACUUAGAGAGAAAGGUAGAACCGAGAUACCACUUCCAGAUGAUGAUGCAGAUGCCAUGAUCACGUUGGUCAAUGUUAUACAUGGACGCUUUAACUCAGUCUCGAAAUACCCCAAUUUAAUUUUGCUUACCAAAAUCGCCAUCUUGGUCGACAAAUAUCAAUGCCAUGAGUCGACCAAGUUUGUAGCGAAGGUUUGGGCUGCCAACGAUCAUCUUCCACGUAUAUGGAGCCAGGAAUGGUACAAUAUCGCUUGCUGGAUAUGUGUGGCAUGGGUAUUUAGACUAGAUCAUGAGUUCAGAGAUGCGACGGAGGAGAUCAUCAAAGAAAGUGGUGUGGGACUUGGAGCAAUAUUGAAGGAGAAUGAUCUGGCUUUACCAAUCCCGGAAAGAAUUAUCAGUAAGAUUGCAAAUCAGAUGAAGGAUUCUCGAUCGCUAACACGUUGCAAAGAUAAGAUAGACGAAAGCCGUGAGAAUGCCGUAAGCCAACUCAUCAAAUUUCUCAAGGAUACAAUAUCUAGGUACCAGGGCCACACUUUGAUGUGUCCCAGCCAAAGUUUGCGACGUGUCUUGGACAUAAUCUCUCACAGAGAAACCUGCGACGCAACGGUUCUUGGAAGUCUCAUAAAAGGUGCCACGGAGAAGGGGCUGUUUCCGUUUCCAGAAGUUCCAUUCAAUAACGAGCUGCCGUUUUCGGUAGUAAAGCGCAGCAUCGAGUCACUCGAGCCCCGGACUGCCUGUAAUGUAGUUGUACAAGUCGAAUCAUUGCACCACGAUGUCCUGGAAAGAAUUCGACAAUCUAUUGAGUUCAUAGAUGAAAAAAUAUCUGGAUUGAGUCUGGCAGAUUGCGAGUAG